GGCAAACGUGUGCUCGGCCAAGCGCUUUUCUACGCGUCUCCACACACAAAAUGAGCUUUUCUCUCUCGUCUGUUGCAGGAACCAAAAAAAAAACCCUUAAAAUCUUUCCCUGCAAGUUGAUCGCUCACUCGAAGCCUCUGUCGUCGUGCUGACACGGAGCCCCCCACCUUAAAAAAAAAAACAAGAACUCUGAGCCUUUUUUGACUAGCGGACAACUGCCGGGAGAGGACACAGGUGAGCACCAUGACGACGCUGCUGGACCUGAAGAGUAGCGUCCUGCGCCAGGUGCAGAGGAGCCAGUCGCUGAGGAGCCGCCGGGAGUCGCCGCCCACCGAAGGAAGCCCCCUCACCCACUGCCCCGAACCCUUACCCCGCAGGAUUUCUGAGGAGAGCAUGGAGUUCUUUGAGCGAAUGAGCGCCAUUCUGCAGAAACAGGACAACAUGCUGCAGGCCGCCCAGGCCGAGAGCCAAAGAGGAGCCUGCACGGUGCCGCCACCCCAGGAACACGUGGACCAGGCUUUUAUUGCGGACAGAAUCAGCAGGACGGAGCUGGACCUGCUAUAUGAGGAGGCCGUGUACUCUGUGGUCAACCGAGUCGGUGUGCCUGCACCAGAACAUGUGACCAGCGACGAGGAGCUGUUUGCGUACCUUCUCAAGGUGUUUGAUAUGGGCGAGGAGGAGCAUGACAUCAUACUUCAGAAAGUGCAGGAGUUUAAGAGAGCCACUUUCUCCUUGAGAGUCUCCGUCCUGAAAGCCAAGAGUCUGCUGGCGAAGGACGCCAACGGCUACAGCGACCCCUACUGCAUGCUGGGUAUCCUGGAGGGCCAGAGCCCCCGGGAGCCGGAGGAGAAGAAGGAGAGGAAGUUCAGCUUCAGGAAGAGGAAGGACAAGCUGGAGAAACGCUCCAGCACCAAGGAGGCCUUGCCGGCCAGGUGCAUCCAGGUGACCGAGGUCAAGCCUGAGACUCUCAACCCGGUCUGGGACGAACACUUUGUCUUUGAAGUGGACGAUGUGCACAAUGACCUACUACAUUUGGACAUUUGGGAUCACGAUGAUGACGUUUCGGUGGCCGAGGCCUGCAAAAAGCUCAAUGAAGUCAGCGGGCUUCGAGGAAUGGGAAGGUAUUUCAAGCAGAUCGCAAAGUCAGUGCGUGCCAACGGAUCGUCCUCGUCCGGCUCCGAGGAGAACGCAGAUGACUUCCUGGGAUGCAUCAACAUCUCUUUAAAUGAGAUCCCCGUCGGCGGCUUCGACACCUGGUUCAAACUGGAGCCCCGGUCCAGCGCCUCCAAAGUGUCAGGAGAAUGUCACCUGAUACUGAAGCUGUUCACCAGCCAGAGAGACACAACGCUGUCUAAGAGAGAAUCCAACGUGUCCAUCCACAAGAAACUGCUGAGUCGGAUUGUUGAGCACGAGCAUGCCCAUGUCAAGCGGGAGCCGUACAACUGGAACGGGCAGGUUAGCCCCCCGGCGUGGACCACGCUGACUCACCACGCCAUGCAGACGGACCUCACCCGCCUCCAACAGGCCAUCAUUCGCUGGCAGUGCUACAGCAGCCACCACCGAACCCAGCGUGUGUGCUACUCCCUGCUGCUGCGCCUCCUGAGGGCCAUCGAUGCAGAGUGGGACCCUCCCUCUGUGAGAGGAGACCUGGAGAGGCAGCUCUCGGACAGUUUCAGGCUGUACACGGAGCACUGCCUGUGCCUGAUGAAGAACAUGAGGCAGGUGUUCCCUUGCACCAGCGCCGCCGCCGUAACGCGCUACGAACUUAUGCUAAGGGGGAUUGGCUACAUGCAAAACAUGCGGGCGUUUAAGACUGUUUGUCCUCUGCGGAACGAGCUGCACUUGGACAUCACCUCUGCUGUGAAGAAAGGAACCUCGGAGUGGUACGAGACCCUCAUCGCGCAACACAAACCGGAAGACGGGUCUCUAGAGGAGCAGCUGAAGAAGCUGGUUGUGGUGGUGGACGCCGUGUGCGCCGACAUGCAGAGAGCCCAGAACAUCUACAACAAACUCUUCUACAGUGCGGUCAAAGUGGAUUUCUUCAGCGUGUCCUACAGGCAGCUGGAGAAACUGGUGGCCGAUGAUGUCAACGUGGCCAUGGAGAGGCUGUGCGGCACCUUGGAGCAGGAAAGUUCCAGACUGACGCAGACUACGGGCGAGACCGUGUUCGAGCUCUUCAUGUCGUUGAAAAGCCUCAAGGGCUUCCGGGAGUUUCUUCCUCUCAAAGAUUCAAAGAUGUUGGCCUUGACGGGAUUCCACAACUGGUUCAAGUCGUCCAUCCACAAGUUCCUGCAGGUGGUCCAUGACCGAUCAUGUGACAGGAUCUGUAAAGCGGUGGAAACAGACAAGAUGGAGGCGGUGCAGCAGGUGCGCCACAGCUCCUCGGCAUUGGAGGUAACGUCCUGCUUCAGACAAGUGAGAGACAUCUGGCUGCAGCUGGCCUGGCCGGACUCUGCGGGCGCCUUCAUCUUCGUCACCCGCCUGACCGACAAUUUUUGCAGCGAGGCCGUGAGCUACUCGGAGAUGCUGACACGCAAGAUUGAGAGGAACCAGCUGGGCCGAGACCACAAAAGCUUUAUAUUGCAGCUCUGCGUGGCCCUGAACAACGUGGAGCACGUGCGGGUCUUCCUGGGUCACCUGCCUCGCGACCUGGACUGGUCGGGCGUGGAGCGCGCCAUGGAGGAGUCGUGCGGGGCCGAGGGCAAGGAGCAGGUCUACAAGGCCCUCAACGGGCAGCUCUUCAACAUGGACCUGGACCUGCAGAGGGAGGCUAAGCGCCUCACCGCGCUGCUCACUGACAAGAUGCUGCCUGAGCUGAGACGGUACCUCCAACACAUCAGCUUGUCCCCAGACUCCAUCAACAAUGACGACGCUGUGGCCCCGCUCAUGAAGUACCUUCAGGACACCAUGGUCAUCCUCACUGACACGCUGGUCAAAGACAACCUGGCUCGAGUUCUGCAGAGUCUGUGGGAGCUCCUGGUGCGCAUGAUCCUGGACUCGGUGACCGAGAACCGAGGCAUUCAGGUGGAGUUCUACAACCGCUUCCAAUACACAGUGGAGACGCUGCUGCAGUUCCUCCAUGACAACGGAAAGGGUUUGUCCCUGGAAGACAUGAAGAGUGGCGACUACAAGGUCCUGGAGGAGGAGCUGAAGCUGAACAAAUGUUCCUCCUUCGAGCUGAUCGAACAAUACUACCUGGAGAAGAUCUCCCUGCAGAAAACUCUCAAACACACACGCUUCGGUCGUAUCAGCGUCAAAUGUUACUACGACGCUCCCGAGCAGCGGCUGACCGUGGAGAUUCUGCACGCCGCCGACAUCAUGGCGCUGGACGCUAACGGUCUAAGCGACCCAUUUGUGAUCGUGGAGCUGUGUCCUCACCACCUCUUCCCUCUGGCCAAGAGUCAACGCACGCAAGUGAAGCUGAAGACGCUCCACCCCGUCUUUGACGAGCUCUUUUACUUCCACGUGAGCCCCGAGCAGUACCGACACAGAUUCGCCUGUUUGACCUUCACUGUGAUGGACUACGACUGGCUCUCCACCAACGACUUUGCCGGCGAGGCUGUGGCCCCCCUCAGUGACUUCUGCUGGCCAGGGAGGCCCAACGCCACGGCGGCCGGCAAGAGCGUGCAGCCUUUCAUCCUCCACCUGUCUCGCAGCAAACCCAGCGAGAAACCCAUCAUGAGUCUGCUGGACGCUCGUGUCGGCGACAGGGAGGCUCAGGAGUUUGUCCGCAGGCUGAAGGAGAUUGAGAAGUCCAUGGAGGAGGAGUGAGCGCCGCGUAUCGAUGUUCUCUGACCGCGUGUUGCCACCUGUGCUCUUGUACCGGUACCAUGUUUACAAUUAUACUUCUUUUUUUCCCCCCCACUUCUAUUUCUAAACCAUCUUUCAUUGUUUGUUGGGACCAAAAUGACAAGUUCAGAGCGUCCCGUCACUGUGCAAGCCUAUUUUUUAGGAACGGUCUACUCUUCUAUACUGAAUGUGACUAGUCUAUAUUUUGUAACGUUAUCUUUGGCGUGUAUUUGAUAUGAUAGUGUAAGCGACUAUUUUGUGCAAGUAGCAUCCAGUUAAAAGUCUCCGAUCUUUACCUCAGUGUGUUUGUGCGAGGCCGAGGGGUUCAACGCCAACAUUUUGAUUGACACUUGCGUCACUUUCAGAUCAGUGGGGGAGGGGGCGGCUCAGGUCACUAAAAUAUCUUUCGAACGACGUGAAAGGACCAAAUCUUACAUCACCAUCAAGGUAUUUGUAGCUAUUAUACUAGUUUGUUUAUUCCUUAAUUGCCGUUCUAUAUUUUUUUUUAAAUAUAUGUAAAAAAAAUAACAUGAUUAAUUAUCUAUAGCUAUUUAUCAUUUUGCAUAUUAUAUUAAUAGAAAGUGGAUGUCAAUAGCCGUUUAAUUGCUGUAGUAUUUUUUAUUUAUUUAUAAAUGAUUAUGUAUAUUUUUUUAAAUGCAACAUUUUAUUCAGAAAAUAUAAUUACCAUCAAUAGGCGUGCACAAAAAAAUCGAUUCACAUCCGAUUUGCGAUCCGAUUUUAAAUCGAUACAUAAUUUUCAAAAAUAAAUAUUUCAUAUAGGAAUACAUUUUUAAUAAUAAGUUUUCAGGCCAUCUCCGUGCAACCUGUUUUGAAAAAGUUUCAUUAUAGUUAUUAUACCAAAUAAUACAUUUCACGAAUCGUGUUGAAUCGAGAAUCGAUUCUGGGUCGAAUCGGAAUUGGAUCGAAUCGUUAAGUGCCCGAGGAUUCACACCCCUAACUUUCAUGAUGGAAUAUAUUGAAUUAAAAAAUAUAUUAUGGUAAAAUGACAUAACAAAAAUGUUGGUGAAUGCCAUUAAUGACAGUUGUUUUAUCAUAAGAAUUUAGUAGGAUGUUCCCAUCUGUUAAACAUAAACGUGAUUUUUUUUUAAUUAUAAUUAUGUAAUAAAGUAUACAUUUAUUAAAUAUUCAUUUAAUAAUUGCAUUAAUUAUAAGUUUAGUAUAAUACAAAUACUAUAUCCAAAUAUGAGCAAAUUCAUUGUUUUCGUAGCAUUAAUAUGUUUUCAAUGUAGCAUAUCCGCCAUCUUAAUGGAAUGGAUUGAGCUUUUUUUAUACUGAGAUUUAUUAUUAUGAUUAUUUUAAGCCCGGUUUUAAUAGUUCUUCAACUUUGGGGAAUUUUCCUACUAAACUGCUGCAAGGUAUUUCAGCUACAGCAUUUAAAAACAACCAUAAAGCUGUCAUAUUUGCAUAAUUGUAAUCCGUCAUGUUGAUUUUUAACACUUAAACUAAA